GUGUAAAGCACCCUUCUGGCAAGACAGUGAUGGAGUGAAUGAUGGUGAAAGUUUUUCUUUUUCGGGCCACCCUGCCUUGGUGGGAAUCGGCCGGUGUGAUAAUAAAAAAAAAUAAAAAAGGGGGUAAAGGAGGUUUUAUGUGCGAGGGGCUUGGACUUCCAGCAAGCGUGCGUGAGCGUGUUAGAUAGGAGUAAAUGGAGGCGAAUGGUACUUGGGACCUGACGAUCUGUUGGAGUGUGAGCAGGGUAAUAUUUAGCGAAGGGAUUCAGGGGAACCGGUUAUUUUCAUAUAGUCGGACUUGAGUCCUGGAAAUGGGAAGUACAAUGUCUGCACUUUAAAGGAGGGGUUUGAGAUAUUGGCAGUUUGGAGGGAUAUGUUGUGUAUCUUUAUACGUAUAUGCUUCUAAACUGUUGUAUUCUGAGCACCUCUGCAAAAACAGUGAUAAUGUGUGAGUGUGGUGAAAGUGCUGAAUGAUGAUGAAAGUAUUUUCUUUUUGGGGAUUUUCUUUCUUUUUUGGGUCACCCUGCCUCGGUGGGAGACGGCCGACUUGUUGAAAAAAAAAAUGAUUAUUAUUACCAUCGACAUACCUUGUUCACUGAGUUUAAUCAUUUCUUAAACUGCCGAGAGACGCAGAGAAUGUAAACACACAGACGAAGACACCAGCUAACCCCUUUACAGUGAACUUCUUUUGUACUUCAGUUUUCCUCCUCCAAGUGCUGCUGCACUUCUAACUCUAUCUUGUACUAUGGGGUGCACAAUAAAGUACAAAUUUGUACAAAUAUGUAGUCUUGGAGACUGUGCAAGCUAGUGUACUGAGUGGCUGUAGGAAGGAGAUUGAGAUGCUUGACGCUGAGAUGCUGAGCUGCCCGUUUCUACGACCCAAGUUCUCAUACGGCAUACAAUACCGACUCGUCGAAGAGCCCAUCAUAACUCCGAGUUGUAGGUAUUUGAUUGGCAAGAGUCGGUUUCAUAGUCCCUUACUGCUGAUGUGUGGAGUUCGUCUUGCAAACCUUGAUAAGGAAGACUAUGAAAUUAUUGAUAUGAGAGCAGAAAAAAUGUUAUCAUUCAGGAGUAUCAGAAACUUGCAAGAGCUUGCUCAGUGGAUGAUUGAGAGAGUUGGGUCUUCCUUAAUGAAUUCCUUAGAAGUAGCAGCUUUCUUCCUUCAGUUUCUGGAUUGGUUUUAUUCCAGCAGUAACACCCCAAGAUCCCUCACAAAUCAGCCCAUCCCACCACCACCUAAGACUGCAGGAAUACAAAAGAAGUAG